UCUGCAGAUGCCAGCACAUACGCACAUUACUUGUUCAACUCCUUCGACUCUUCCCAGAAUGGAUCCAUCAAAUUUGAGGACUUUGUAACGGCUUUGUCCAUCUUACUUAGAGGAACGACAACAGAGAAGUUACAGUGGACCUUUAACCUGUACGACAUCAACAGAGACGGUUACAUUAAUAAAGAGGAGAUGACUGAUAUAGUGAAAGCCAUAUAUGACAUGAUGGGCCGCUUCACGUAUCCUGCUCUGAAGACAGACACUUUCAAACAGCAUGUGGAUGCUUUCUUUCAGAAAAUGGACAAGAACAGAGAUGGAGUCGUCACUCUUGAUGAGUUUAUUCUCUCCUGUCAAGAGGUAUACAGUACCUGUUCAUGUUCAAAAUGGCAUACUAUGCAUACUAUUUUUGUAGUAUGUAUAUAGUGCACAGCGUGCAAAUUUAGUAUGCA